CCCCGCAUCCGUUCACGGUUCAAUUUCGUCCCGCGUGCACACUCUCCUCUCUGCGACGAGCAGACGACUGGGUGGGCUACCGUCUCCGCCGCCGCCGCCGCCGCCUACGCCAGGUGUCGAGGCCUUCUUUUCGGCCUCCUUUCUGGCGGCGAACACCCACCAGACUGUUAGCCAUCCUGGUCCUGGAAUAUGAGAAGAUUCUUCCCAUUCCGCUCGUUCACAAGCAGUGCCCAGAAUGGAAAAGCAGCACGGGCAAAUGAUACCAUGAGUGAGAAAAAAGUUGAUGAAGCAGGCACCAGUGGCGCUCAGCGAUCUCCUGGUGCGCGGUCAUUCAGAUCUAGAAGCCGGCAUGGUGCAUCAAGGAAUGUGGAAUCAUCCCAUCCACAGCUCAGGAGGUCCUUUUCGUUGACAUCAUCAGCCAUGGAUCAUUCUUUGGAUGAACAGAUGAUGAGUUACUCACACGAUGUUCUAUGUCCUAAGUCCAAUGAUUCAGACGCGCCUGGUCCUUUCGGCAAAGCGGAGAGCUACACAUGUUCACCAGGAAGACACCACAGUAGAAGAGAAUACAUGGUAAAGGUCUCAAAUUCACAUGGAUUCCAGGAAACUGACUCAUCUCAUUCAAGAUGCCACUCAUGCUCAACAGGACACUCUUCUGUUAGUUCUCCUGUUUCAUUAAAAUGCAGGCCUGCUAAGUUGACCAAUUUCGUGAAUAAGAAUGAGGUACUGGAUUUGUAUAUUGAUGGUGAGCAAGAAGUUGCCAGACUAAAUGAGAAGCAGAACCAGAAAUUCCCCGUCAGAUCUACAGCUCCUUAUUUGGGACGGGAACGGCCACCACGGCCACCUUCCACAGCACCAUCUUCACCAAAAGUGUGCAAAGAGAUCAUUGAGAACCCCUCUAACGUUGAUACCGAUGACAUCUGGCAUUCCCAUCUUGCCUAUGAGGGAACAAAGGGUGCCUUCAAGGUUGCAUCUGUGUGUCAUGAAGGUGGACAUGAUGCAAGAUGUCUUGAAGCAUCUUCUGAGUAUCUUUCAAAUUUUGAAGAGUGCAGAUCACAGAAUAUGACUACUGUGGAUGACAUCUUUGAGGACUUGCAAGAUGUACGACCUCCAUCUCCAUUCUUCUACAGCACUUCAACGGAUCCUCUUUCCAGUUCUACCUCAAGAUACUUCACUGCAGACAUCCAUUGUCAUGAUCAGUCUCAUGGUGUUCAUGAUUUCUACUUGGAACAGGACACUGAUGAAAAGUUGCUUCAAAGAGCUAAAGAAGUUGAUGCAUGCCUUAUGGUUCCCCUUGUAGAAAACAGUAAACUUAAUGCACUCAGGGAUAAGAGGUCAAAUUCAACUGAAAUCUGGCAAUUCAUUGAGGGUCUGAUUGAAGAUAGAAAAAAAUUGGCAGCUGAAGUAUCUUCACAGAUUAAGGCACGUCUUACAGAAAGAUUUGCAGCCAAAGAACAAUAUAAGAGAUCCAAGUUAGAAUUAGAAACCAGAACCAGAAGGCUGGAGAAGGAGAAGAUCGAUCUACAAAGUAACUUGGAAAGGGAAUUGGAUAGAAGGUCAAAUGAUUGUUCAGUCAAACUGGAGAGAUUUCAAUCUGAAGAACAAAGACUACAGGAAAGGGUAAGAGAGCUUGCAGAGCAGAAUGUGUCAUUUCAGAGAGAAAUUACUUUGCUUGAAUCAUACAAAGUUGAUGCCACUAGUAGGAUUAAAAGUCUAGAGCUGCAAAACAAGCAUCUGAACAGUGAGCUGCAGGAAGUAAAAGAUGACCGUGACAAUCUUCAUAGCUCCUCAGUAAAAUUGCAAGAUAACCUCAAUAUAGCUAUAGAGGAAAGGGACAUGAUCCGAGAAUCUUUGAAAGACAAAGAGGAGGACAAAAAGGUUUUACACAAAAUAAUUGCAAGAUUACAAAGGACGUCUAAUGAACAGGAGAAAACAAUUACUGGCCUAAGAAAAGGAUUUGGUGCUGAAAUAGAAAAGAGAGCUGCUGGAAAUAGUGAUAUAAUAAACAGGAUGCAGAUGGAACUUCUCAGACUUACCGGAGUUGAGCAAAAUCUGAGAAGAGAAAUUCAAUCCUGUACCCUUGAGAUGGAGUCUCUUAGGCAAGAGAAUGUAGCGAUUUUCAAUCGUCUAAAGAGGAGUGAGGAUGGAGCAAAUUUUUCCACAGUUCGUCUUGACCAUGAGCUUCAGGCUAGAGUGGAGAGUUUGCAGACACAAGGUUUAUCAUUACUUGACGAUUCUAACCAACUUUGUGCCAAGUUGUUGGAAUUGAUCAAAUCAAAGAAGAGUGAGAACAGCAGUGAUGUUGAUGCAUUAGUAGCCAUCGAGUACAGUCUGAAGUACCAAAGCCUGACAGGAGGAAUUGAGAAUGUAAAACAGAGUCUGCGUACGAUCAAAUCUCUGUUGACUAAGAAGCAAAACGAAGAAGAGAUUGAACAAAGAGCUGAAGGUUAUCUUUCUGGACAAGAGAAGUUAUCCAGGGAUGACAUUGAAAUUAAGCUGAGAGAAGAAGCUAUGAUCAGUAGGGUUCUAAAAGAGAAACUUCUGUCCAAGGAAUUAGACAUUGAACAGUUGCAGUCAGAUCUUGCAGCUUCAGUCAGGGUCCAAGAGGUACUGCAAAAUGAGAUCCAGAGAGUUCAAGAUGAACUGCGAUGCCUCACACACAAGUACAAGCAUUUGGAAGUUCAGGGUUUGAAGAAAGACGAGAUAAUUAACCAGGUUGAGCAGGAUUACCAGGAAUCUGCAAAGGAACUGACUGCUCUUCGCUGCAUGCUCAAAACGGUAAGCGAUGAAAGGGAUGUCUCGUGGCAGGAAUCUAAACAGAUGAGAAGAACUGUCGGUGGCUUGCAAAAUGAAGUUGCUUCGUUAAAGCAGAAGAUUAGAGCACUUGAUGAAGAUUUACAGCUUAAGGAGAGUGAGAUACUGCUUCGAGAGGGUGAGAUUUCAAUAUUGCGUGACGGUAGUGACAAGCCAUUUGACAUCAUCUGCAGCCCUCGAUCGAUGAGGCAGUUCGGUAUGGAGUAAAUGUGCAUAGAACAAAUAGCAGAACUCGAUUCUGAAAUAGACGACUGUUCCUCUUUGUGGACAACAGUAUAGUAGCUUGUAUGGCUCUUUGGAGCAACUCCAAGAGACUUUAUAUUCUUCCAAAUUUAUAGGAAUCAAGAUUUUGAUGAAAAAUACUCUCCAACAACCUAUUCAAUUGGAUAUCUAAAUAUAGACAUUCUCUAUUCUA